UUUAUAUUUUUUUAAAUAUUUUUCAACUUUUCAAAUGUAUUUUCAGGAUAGUAAAAUACUUUUCCUAUGAUAAUUAUGAUAUUAAUUCUCAUCCUUUCACGCAAUCAUAAUUGGAAAUUCAUAUUUAUCUCGACUGGAAAAUGUAUUCUUAUCAUUGGAGGCCUAUCUCAGCUUUCAAUGGAGAACGAUAGAAAAAUCGAGAUUUGAAACAGAUCCGCAUCGAAAUGCGAUCCAUUUUACAAAGGAAAACGCUACUAAAAUAAUGUUUAAGCUGAAGGUUUUAUUUUAAUUUUAAUCCACAACUCCGUAUUCACAAUGUCCAAGAAACAAAUUAAUAAUUCUGAUAAAUUAAAGGCCAAACUUAUUCGAGAACAACAAAAACGAAUAAAACCAGGCGAGUGUCUAAAGUAUAUCCGAGCUGUUAUAGGAGAAGAUGUCCUUCAACCAGAAGUUGGUCUCUCGUUGUUGAGCCAACUAACCGAUUUACAAAUAUCGCAUGUACUCCGCAAACAGAAGUGCAACCGAACAAUUUUUUGGGAGCGAAAUGUUGGCCAACAAAUCUUCAAUUCUAUGGAAGAUAAUGACUUGUACAACCUCAAUGAAAAGUAUGAACUGGAACCACAAUUUCUUCGAAUAUUCAGUGGCAAAGAAUUCCAUGAAUUAAUAGAAGAUAAAAGUAUUCAUGAACGCAUCACAAAUGUAAAAACUACUUUUCCUGAUAUGAAACUUUCCCUUGUCGUAGUGGGUGUCUUGCCAAAGUGUAGGAACACACUUGAAAGGGAAACAGCAUUUGUAGAAUUACAAAUUCUGUACGAAUGUAGUGUUCUAUUUGUGAAUAAUUCACAAGGUUUAGCUGAGCUUUUAGGACGUUUUACAAAAGCAGUUGCAGAGAUUCCAUACAGAAAACAGAAAUCCUCUGUUGCUGCUAGUUCAAGCCAAUAUCUAUUGAAUGACAAUAAAGACUGUGUUCGGGUUGAAGGCACCAAUGGCUUGAGUAGACUUUGGCAACAGCAUCUAAAUAGACUUCCUCUAGUCACUUUAGAUGUAGCUCAAUCAAUUCAGAAUAAAUAUCCUUGUCCUAAAAAAUUGUUGGAGGAAUUCGAUAACCCAGAUGGCCAGACUUCUUUAGCGAAUUUAAAAAUCAGUCGUGGAGCUGUUCCUCUGGCAUCUGAGAGACGUAUCGGAGAUGUUUUAAGUAAAAAGUUGUAUGCUUUGUAUAAUAGUUUGGAUCCAAAUGAGAUUCUUUAAUAAGAAUAUCAAAGAUUGUAUAGUUAGAAAAUUGAAUAAAUUAUUGUAGAAUUGCAGACAACAAGACUAU